UUGACAUUUCAGCUCCUGCAGAAAUUUUAAAAAUCCCGCUCUAUACGAUCCUUCCAUUUCACGCUCCCUCUGAUUCCAUAACAAACAAUCUAUCUCUCAAAAAGAAGCUAUAUCUUCAAUGGCGACUACCGCUCCAAGCGAGCUCGAUCCAAACCUUCUUCUUCCUGCUGCUCCAUCAGAAUCCGAAUCCGAAUCUCUGCUCUCUUCUCUCGUUUACGAUACGUCACAGCAGUUUCAGAUGGCAAUGGGCAACAUGCUUAAGAUGAUAACUGAAAUUGAUCAAACCACGGGUGGGAUAAUGGAAGAGAUAGGGAAAUGCAAAGAUACAGCUUUUGAGAGGAAGAAAGACUUGGAGGAAGAGAAGGAAAGGUUUCAGAAAGCUGCUUAUGCCGUGCUAGGCAUGCUCAAUGACACAUAAUAGGAACGUUAAGCUCAAAGGAUACGAGACACGAUCUGUGAGGCAUUAUCUUUCAGGGAUUUGCAUCCUUAGCUGCUGCUCUCCAGACAAAGUGAAGGUUUACAUUAAACCAUAUGCGUGAUUCUGUCAUGAGUUCUUUGUUAAAUAGAUCUGUGUCAGAAAAGUUCCCGAAUCUUAACAAACAAUUAAUUUUUCAAAUCAAAAGAAUAGAACCUAACUGAUUAUGAUAAUUAGUGUGAUGUAGAUGCAUAAUAAAAGCGUACUUGCUGAGUCUUUGGCUACGUACGUGCAUGAUGAAUCCUCUUUAUAAUCAUCUGUAAUAACUUUCCUCUUUCAUCUCUAUCACCAGAAUGGCCUAACUAGUUGUCCUUA